CAACUUCGAGGCCGCGUCUGGUGCUCCCUCCGCACAUCGCCCUCGAUACUUGACUGGCUUUCCACCGAAGCUUCCGGCUGCAGGCGGCGGCAGACGCAACGUCCAGAUAGCUUCUCUCCGCAGCCAUGCCGUCGAUACUAAGCGACGACGACCGCCAGACCGUCAAGCGCUGCGUUCCCAAGCAUACCAACAAGAUCCACGCCGUCGCCGUCGCUCGGCUGUAUGUGGCCUAUCCCAAUCGCUCAAAAUGGACAUACACCGGUUUGCAGGGCGCCGUCGUGUUGGCGAAUGACUUGGUCGGCAACACCUACUGGCUCAAGAUGGUGGACAUUUCGCCCGGAAACCGGGGCGUGAUAUGGGAUCAGGAGAUCUUCGAAAACUGGAGUUAUAACCAGGACCGCGUCUUUUUUCAUACCUUCGAGCUGGAAGAAUGCCUAGCCGGAUUAUCCUUCGUCGACGAGAAAGAGGCGAAGCAAUUUCUGAAGAAGAUGAACGACAGAGAAAAGAACGCAAGCAAGGCAACGCUCAAGACGCCAUUUGGAGGAGCGGCGCCCGCGAAUCAGCAUAAGCACCACCACGGACUGUUCGGAGGCCUGUUUGGAGGCCAUCGGCACUCGUCAGCCCCUACGCCUCCCGACUGUCCGCAGGUGGCCGCUUCGGCGAGGGACCACCAGUCCGGGAGCGUAAAUGGCUACCACGAAGCGCCCUCGCCGCCAGCGGCGUCCAGGUUUGACAAGUUGGAUGCCUUUGACCCACAAUGGAGAGAGCAUUUCGGCGAGGACCUCAAAGCGAAGGGUUUAUCGGAUGAUUUCAUCCGCGAGAACCAGGACUUCAUUGUCGACUUCCUCAAGCAGGAGCAGGCGGCCCAAGCCCAACAACAACAGUCUGCAUCGUCAGCACCACCCCCGCCUCCGCCUCCUGCGGUUAAUGGGCCUGGAGGCGGUGGCUUGAGGGCCCCGCCUCCUCCGCCCCCUGGUGCACCCUCUCGGUCGGCGAACGAAACGACUUCUGCACCCCCGCCACCUCCGGCACCGAGAAGAGGGGCAGCCCCUCCGCCGCCCCCGGCCCCGAGGCGCUCCGGCAAGGCCGACUCCUCGGAUCAGGCGGAAUCGGCGCAGGACUCACCUCCACCUCCUGCUCGGCCGAGGUUUUCCGUCCCCCCUCCUAUCUCGGAUGCUGGAAAGUUCGCGCGUUCGGAUCCGCCUCGUACAGUCCCAUCGCCUCCCGCUCCUGCGCCUCCUCCCCCUCCUCGGCCGCCCAAGACGCCCAUUGAUGACGCGGAGCCGCAUCAGCGACAUGCUGUUCCUCCGCCUUUUCCCGGCCAGCGAAGUGUACCUCCCCCGCCCCCGAGUCGCGGUCCCGUCCCCCCUCCGCCUCCGUCUCGGGAGCCGGCUCAAGCUGCACCACCUCCACUGCCUCCCAAGGCCCCCGCUGCAAGCGCACCGCCACUCCCCCCGCCGAGCUCGCGUCCGCCUCCCUCGCUCCCGGCCAGAAGCCCCGUUCCACCCGCGCCGGCCCCGCCGCCGCCGCCUUCCUCGAGUGCGCCCCCGGCCCCGCCUUUGCCGUCGUCCAGCGCUCCGCCAGCACCGCCUCCCCCUCCGCCGCUGCCUUCAGCACAAGCCCCUCCUCCACCGCCUUCAUCCGGAGGCGCUCCCCCACCGCCGCCCCCUCCUCCUCCUCCUCCUCCCGGCGGAGCGGGCGGCGCCCCGCCACCACCCCCGCCUCCACCGCCCCCGCCUGGCGGCGCCGGCGCUCCACCACCUCCACCACUCCCGCCGAACCGCGACUCGGGCUACUCCUCCAGCGCCCCGGCUCCCCCCGCGCCGUCAAACGACCAGGCACGGUCUGCCAUGCUCGACAGCAUCCGUGGCUCGGGCGGCAUCGCCUCGCUCAGAAAGGUCGACCGCAGCCAGAUCCGCGAUCGCAGCGCAGCCAUGGUCGGCGGCUCCAACAGCGAUACCGGACCCCACGGCAGCGGACUCCCUCCGGCAGGCGUCGCGCCUGGCGGUGGAGGCGCCGGCAUGGCGGAUGCCUUGGCUGCAGCGCUUCAGAAGAGGAAGGAGAAAGUCAGCCGUAGUGAUGAUGAGGACGAUGAUGAUGAUUGGUGAGCCAGCAGCAAGAGGAAGCACAUAUCUAGUUUCUCGGGAACUGGGCGAGAACUGGUAUUCGGAUGCUCAAGAGCCAGCUGCGGCAGGGAAGUUCGAGGCUGAUCGCUAGCAUUCAUUGGCCGCGUCUAGGUAGCCAGGGCAUGGGUGUGGCGGAAGGAUGGAACAUGCUUAACAUGCUUACACUGCAGGAGUACAAAAGAGCUGGGCAGAAAUUCUUAUCGGAAGUGGGCGUGGCCUGUCGUCAGGAGGGCGUUGCUCGCUGCCAAAACGAGAGUAUCAUUCAGAGUGUAGAUAGUUAUACAUUGGGGCAUGUCUCUUCCAACACUUGGA